ACACUGUGAAUUUGGGGGACAUUUGGAUGAUGCACUUCGUGAUAGAUUUGUGUGUGGCCUAAAGAGUGAGGCUACUCAAAAACGCUUGUUGACUGAGUCUACGCUGACGUUUCAGAGAGCGGUAGAGUUGGCGGUCUCCAUGGAAACAGCGUCACGUGAAGCACACCAACUCAGCGGAUCACUGACGGUAAAUGCACUGUCUUUAUCAAAGAGUAAGACUGGGAACAAAUGCAAACGAUGCGGAAAAAAUAACCAUAAUGAUGAUGAUUGUUGGUUUAAAGACAAAAACUGUAAUGUUUGUGGAAAAAAAGGCCAUAUCAGUCGCGUUUGCAGGAAAAGUAACGUUUAUGAUGACAGAAAAACAAUGAGUGGAAAAACAGCAAAAGCUGCAAGGCCAACGAAAGCAUUUAAGCAGAAAGGCUACAUAAAAAAGGGAAAUGUACAUCGCCUUGAUGCUGAUGCAGUGUCUAAUGAGGAUGACGCAGACUCAGAUUUAGCUCUGUAUAAACUGUCUCAGCCAGGAGAAAAGUCUAGUAUCACCGUGAAACCAGAAAUUGAAGGUACACCACUGGAAAUGGAACUGGACACGGGCGCAGCAGUGUCAUUGAUCUCAACAGAGACUUAUGAUCGAAUAUUGAAACACCUGCCCCUAUGCUCAACGGACAUUGUUCUUCGAACAUACACUGGGCAAGCAUUGCGUCCUGAAGGUGUAAUUGAUGUGCAUGUGAAAUUGGGCAAGCAAACAGCUGUUCUUCCAUUGUAUAUCGUGCAAGGAGACUAUCCACCACUCUAUGGCAGAGAGUGGUUGCGUCAGAUCAAAAUGAACUGGAAAGAAAUUAAAGCAGUCAGAUUGAAGACGCUCGAAUCUGUGUUGCAGAAACAUGCUGCUAUUUUCUCUACACAUUUGGGAGAAAUGAAGAACAUCACCGCUAAAAUAACAUUGAAACCUGAAAACAAACCCAAGUUUUGCCAGCCCAGAGUCGUUCCGUAUGCUCUUCGUCCAAAAGUCGAAGCGGAGCUGAAACGUCUCACUGAAAUUGGAGUAUUGUCACCAGUAGAGCAUAGUGAAUGGGCUACUCCAAUAGUUCCUGUUGUAAAGAAAAAUGGAGACGUGCGCAUCUGUGGUGAUUUUAAGGUGACGAUAAACCCUGUCUUACACAUUGAACACUAUCCAUUACCGCGCAUUGAGGACCUGUUUGCUUCAUUAGCAGGGGGACAGUGUUUCAGCAAAUUGGACUUGUCACAUGCUUACCUUCAAAUGAGGGUCGAGGAGGAGUCCAGGAAGUUCCUUACAAUUUCUACACAAAAAGGACUAUUCCAGUACAAUCGCCUUCCAUUUGGGAUCGCUUCGGCGCCAGCUAUUUUCCAGAGAGCUAUGGACCAAAUAUUACAGGGUCUGCCUAAUGUCCAUUGUUACCUUGAUGACAUUCUGGUUACCAGGCAGACUGAAGCUGAACACCUGGAAAACCUGGAUGCAGUCCUUGGACGACUGGAGCAGUUUGGUUUGCAUGCUGAAAAAGGGAAAUGGGACUUUUUCAAGGACUCACUGGAAUAUCUGGGUCACAUAAUUGAUGCCGAAGGUUUGCACAAGUCACCUAAAAAAGUACAUGCAAUUGUCAAUGCGCCAAUUCCGUCAAACAUCACACAGCUAGGAUCAUUUCUAGGAAUUCCGUCUAUGGCGGCAGCACGGAUGCAAAGGUGGGCAUUACUUUUGUCUGCGCACAAUUAUACAAUAGAGUACAAAAGAGCUGAGCAUCAUGCAAAUGCUGAUGGUCUUUCCCGUCUGCCGUUACAAGUAGAACAUAGUGAGAAAAUGGAUGCAGUAGAGCUAUUUUACCUCGAACAGAUGGAGAAACUCCCUGUCAGUGCCACGGAUAUCCGACGUGAGACUAUGAGUGACUCAACCUUGUCUACAGUCGUUGAAAUGGUCAUAAAAGGGACCCAAGCUGUCAACCUGACUGGUAAUAAUUCCGUCCAACACGGGUGCUUAAUGCGAGGCAUGAGAGUUGUGGUUCCCCUUAAGCUGCAGAAAAGAGUACUGGAGGAACUGCACACUGGCCAUCCAGGAAUAGUCAGAAUGAAAGCCAUUGCUCGCAGUUAUGUGUGGUGGCCUGGCAUUGAUGCUGACUUUGAACUGUGUGUGAAAAUGUGUCAGUCAUGUCAACAAAUACAGAAAAUGCCACCCCAAGCACCCCUCCACCCAUGGGAGUGGCCAAGCAGACCAUGGGAACGUAUUCAUGUAGAUUUCGCUGGCCCAUGUGAGGGUCACAUGUACCCAGUCGUAGUUGAUGCACAUUCGAAGUGGCCUGAGGUGCAGUUGAUGACAUCAACAACAGCAGGGAGGACAAUUGAAGUUUUGCGGAACCCUUUCAGUCAUUAUGGACUGCCUGAAGUCCUGGUGAGUGAUAAUGGACCACAAUUUGUCUCUCAGGAGUUUGUAACUUUCCUGAAGGCCAACCAUGUGAAGCAUAUCCGUUCAGCCCCAUAUCAUCCUGCAACCAAUGGGCAGGCUGAAAGGUUUGUUCAGUCGCUAAAACAAGCAUUGAAGGCAUCUAAGGGCUCUUCCACUGUUCAGGGACGGUUGGAAACAUUCUUGCUGACGUAUCGCAACACACCACAUCCAACGACUAGAGAGGCCCCUUCUAGGUUGUUUUUGGGACGACAACUGCGCACACGGCUGGAUGCCUUGAAACCCAGUGUGACAGCUGCCGUGCGACUCUCACAGACCUCCCAGGUCCUCCGCCGUGCUGGUCGUUCAAAACCAUGACAGUUUGGAGUCGGCGAUGCUGUUCUGGCUCAUGAUUACAGAGGGAGAGAAAGAUGGACAUCAGGUGUGGUGACGGCUCAAGAUGGUCCAGUAUCUUAUAAUGUGGAUGUAGGAGCUUCUGCGGAAUGGCGACGCCAUGCUGAUCAACUCUUGUCCAUUCUGAAUCAAACAGCUGAAACUCAGGUGACACAACCACCUGACAUCAGUGAUGUAUCUGUUCCUGUACAGACCUCUGUAUAUGACUCUU